UUCAAAGUAAAAGAUCGUGCCGAGACACUUCGAUCCCAGCCAGGUUUCUCUCGGAGGACUUUCUUCAACAACCUUAACGCGUUUGCAAACUCAUCGAGCGAAGCUAUGGAUAGGAAAGAAAAACAGAGAGCACGUCAUCAUGGGUUAACUCAGCAAAAGAGGCAAGAGAUUAAGGAAGCAUUUGAGUUAUUUGACACUGAUGGCUCAGGCACUAUUGAUGCCAAGGAGCUGAAUGUCGCCAUGAGGGCCCUGGGUUUCGAGAUGACAGAAGAGCAAAUCAAUAACAUGAUUGCGGAUGUCGACAAGGAUGGCAGCGGUGCAAUUGAUUUUGAUGAAUUUGUGUACAUGAUGACAGCCAAAAUUGGAGAAAGGGACACUAAGGAGGAGCUCAUGAAAGCAUUCCACAUUAUUGACCAUGAUAAAAAUGGAAAGAUAUCUGUCGCAGACAUUAAGCGUAUAACAAAGGAGCUGGGUGAGAACUUCACUGACAAGGAUAUUAUAGAGAUGGUUGAGGAAGCUGACCGUGAUCGUGAUGGAGAAGUUGAUGCUGACGAGUUUAUCAGGAUUAUGACGAGAACUGCAUAUGGGUAUUAGAAACUCUUGAGUAUCAAGCUUGUUGAGAGUUUGAUCCUGUGCAGAAGGUUUAUUUCUGGACUAUGCUGUUUCUGUACUCUAGUUAUCCCCGAAGAAAAGAAGAAAAAAAGAGUGGCUUAUUAGAUAUGUUAUGGGUACAUCCAGACUUAUAUAUUUCAAGUACAUUAUGUAACUUAUAUUGGUCAUAUGGAGGUAGUCCAAGAUAAUGUUAAGCGCGUAUUUCUUAAUGUGACAAUAAAAAUUAUUUGAUUUCGAGGUGGAA